AUGCUCCAAGUAAACUCAGAGAAGAUAUUUAUUGAGCACUGGUAAAAGAUAUAUAGCAUCUAUUGUGAUAAACACAAAUGAUGUACAAACCAUGAUGAAAAUAAAUACAAGCAAUAUUACAAUGAAGCAAAAUAUACCUUGGAAAGUGAAUUCCCAAACUUUAUAGUUGUUGAAAACCAAAUACCUGUAGGACUAGAAAAGAAAUUCAAUGCAGAUCCUUUAAUCUAUAAGAUGGGAACAGCACAUUUUCCAAGAAUUGGAUCUUUUGAGAUUUAUUAUAGAAAGUUUAUAGUAUUUUCAAAGCUUGGGACCAAAAAGUGGCCAAGAAUUGAACAAUUGGCAGCCAAAAUCAGAGAAAUCCAAGACUACACAAGUAAUCCUCCAAAAAUACAGAGGCCUCAGACUGCAAGACCAAGUACUAAACCUAUGCUGAUUAAAAAGAGAAAAGUGAGAUCUCGGCCUACAACAGCAAAAACAAGAUCAAAGGCUCCGAAGCCUAUAGACAAUGAAAAUCAUUUAAUUGAAGUUGUCUCAACAAAUGCUUUGGAAACUUGGAAAUCAGAAGACAACAGAAAAGAAAUUAUGCAUCAGAGAUCGCUACCAGAGCUAGAAAUUGCUUCACAAAGGAGUAUUGAAAAUGAACAGCCUAGCAUUCGAAAGCAAGAAGAGGUAAAAACGCCUUUUAAAGUAGAUAUAAAAAGCCCUGAUAAAACAGAAGUUAAAAGACUUGCAAAAAUAGAGCUUAAAAAAGAAGACAGCAGCCCAAAAAUAGUUCCUAAAGAAAAUGAUCUGAAAAGUCCAAAAAUAACUCCUAAAGAAAAUGAGCCUAGAAGUCCAAAAAUGAUUACUAAAGAAUAUGAGCCUAAAAGUCCCCAAGGAUAUGAAGAAAAAAGCCCUGUGAAAAUAGUGACAAUUGAUGAACUUGUAAAAUCUGCGUCUCUUCGGACUAACAAAGAAUUGCACCCGAAAAGAGAAGUGACAAAAUCUUAUGAUGUUUCUAUUGAAAUAACUGAAACAGUUAAUAAAAAAAUUACUUACUCACUUACAAGCUAAUUUUUUUCUUCAAAAUCUAAAAAAAAAUAAAAAAUUAAGAAAUUGUUGUAUUCAAUAGAUUUCACAUUUUAGAUAUAACAAUAUUAUUAUAAAAAAUGUUUUCUCGCACUAAAAGUUUUGUUUUCUUUUAAUAAGGAAUUUAAAUUAUUUGUUCAAUCACGAAGGACGUUAUCAAAACCAAACAGACUGUGAUUCCAAAUUUUUCAUUGUUUCUUCUCAUCCUGACUUAAUGGAAGUUAAAGAUGAAACCUUAGAAAUCAUUAAAGGGCAAAGAGGAAAAAUACAGCUGAUCUUUAAGCCAAUUUAUGAAAAUACUAACUCCCCCCCUCCGUGAGUGAACAAAAAAAUAUUGUUCACUCACAUGAGGAGGGUUAUUUUUUUCUUUAAAAAAAUGUAUAUUUUUUCAAAAUUUAAAAAAAUCCUAAUUAGCAAAAAUUGGAAAGCAAAUUUUAAUUUAAUUUGUAAAAUUUAUGUUCUAAAAGCAAUUCGUUUAAAAUUAAACAGAAUUAGCUUUAGAUUUUAUUAUAAUAAUUAUCAUUUAUAUAUCAAAAAAUUUUUCAAUAAAAAAAUUUUUCUAUUAAAAAAAUUUUUGUUCACUCACGGAGGGUGGGUUUUUGGGCAAAAAAUAGCGAUUUUUCUAAUGGUUUUGUUCACUCACGGAGGGGGGGAGUAAGAACAGCUAUUAUUUAUAUAUCGAUAAGGAUGGAGAGCCUUGGGAAUGUAUUCAGAUUAAUGCACAAUAUGAGUAA